ACAUCAUCCCUUGUUACACAAUGAGAGAUCGCAUGUUUCAAAUGGACCAUCGGAAACACCUGCCGACGCGUUUGGUAGUUGCAACAUCCACAUGACUCAAACCAAUGAGAUACUGUUCAGAAUUGUACCGGUAUUGAUUCAUGGACCUUCAAAAGUAAUACGAACCUAUGCGUUCAUAGACGACGGGUCAGAGCUGACACUAAUGGAACAAAGUCUCGCAGACGAAAUAGGAGUUUGGGGCCCAAAGUCAUCCCUGUGCCUUAAAUGGACGGGGGGCACGAACCGAGUGGAAGACGAAUCUCGAAAGGUUGCCGUGGAGAUAUCUGCUGUAGGAUUCGACUCUAGGCGACACCAGUUGACAAAUGUGCAGACAAUUCACGACCUACAACUACGCCCGCAAACCAUGGUGCUUUCUGAACUACAAGAACGAUUCAGUUACCUUAGCGGAUUACCAGUGGAGUCUUACAUCAAUGUCUGUCCUCGUAUCCUUAUCGGGCUGGAUAAUGCGUAUCUCGGACAUGUGCUGAAAAGUCGAGAAGGAAAACCACGCGAACCCAUCGCCGUCAAAACGCAACUAGGAUGGAUAAUCUAUGGCAGUUGUAACCAAAAGCGGCGAAGCUCAAAUUACGUCAAUGUACACACCAUAAAAGUUUGUGACUGUAAUCCACAAACCGAUGAAAACCUGCAUCUUGCGAUGAAAACCUAUUUUGACCUUGACAGCCUGGGGAUUUUAACUCCGAACAAGACUCUUCGAUCGCCCGAAGAACAACGUGCCGUAGAACUCCUGGAAAAGCAGACCAUACCUAAAGCAGGACGAUAUGAAGCGGGACUACUUUGGAAGUAUGAAAACGUACGUCUUCCAAACAGCAAAGAUAUGGCAUACAAGCGAUGGCAAUGUCUAGAUAGACGAAUGAAUCAGGACAAGCAACUAUCGGCAACUAUCCAACAAAAAAUGGCAGAUUACGUGUCUAAAGGGUACGUGCGAAAGCUGACGGAACCUGAACUCAACGUUCGUCCAGCUCGCGAGUGGUACUUACCGGUCUUUCCAGUUAUGAAUCCCAACAAGCCGAAUAAGGUUAGGCUGGUAUGGGAUGCAGCAGCCUGUGCAUAUGGAAUAUCACUCAAUUCGUUACUUCUAAAAGGUCCAGAUCUCCUUACGUCUCUCCUUACGGUGCUCAUUCAAUUUCGAGAAUUCCGUAUCGGAAUAUGCGGAGAUAUCCGUGAAAUGUACUUGCAAAUAUUGCUUAGCAAAGAUACUCGAUUGCGCUUCUUCUGGAAAGAGAACGAACAUGAUACAAGUCCACAAGUCUUCGAAAUGCUGGUGUUGCCUUUUGGAGUUUCGUGUGCGCCGACUAUAGCCCAAUAUGUUAAAAACAUCAAUGCCAAACAAUUUGAACACGAGCUUCCUACGGCGGUUCGGGCAAUAGUUGAUCAACAUUACGUCGAUGACAUGCUUUCGAGUGUCGAAACUGAAGGAGAAGCCAUUGCCUUAGCAAGCAACGUAAAACAAAUCCAUGCAGCAGCCGGAUUCGAAAUGAGGAAUUGGAUUUCGAAUUCUGCAACUCUUCUAGAAGCGCUGGACGAACCGAAAACGGAGGAAAAAGAUCUAACAAUAGCCGAAGAAGGUGUGACUGAGAAAGUGCUUGGAUUAUGGUGGAAUACAAACACGGAUUGCUUCACCUUUAAGGUAUCGCCACGAUAUGAUCCUGAGUUGAUAUCAGGAAUGCGAAUUCCGACCAAACGUGAAGUGUUGAGAACCCUAAUGAUGAUAUUUGAUCCAUUGGGGCUCAUAGGUCACUUCCUUAUGUUCCUUAAAGUGAUUUUGCAAGAGAUCUGGAGAACGUCUGUAACCUGGGACGAUCCUAUUGAGGAAAUUCAAUUUGAAAAGUGGUUGCAGUGGCUGAAAGUGUUGCCUGAGGUAGAAAAGGUGGAAGUUCCUCGGUGCUACAGGUCAACGAUAUCGAUCGAAAGUGCUAUGGAGGUGCAAAUGCAUGUAUUUGUUGAUGCGAGUGAAAAUGGAUUUGCAGCGGUAGUGUACCUCCGAUUUCAGCAAGGCAACUUGACUGAAACUGCGUUGGUGGGAUCUAAAACCAGAGUUGCUCCGUUAAAAUUCUUAUCGAUUCCCCGUUCCGAACUUCAAGCUUGUGUUAUUGGAGCCCGAUUUUCCACCAGUAUACUCAAAUCGCUGACUGUAAAGGUAGACAGACGUUUCUUCUGGACCGACUCUAGCGACGUUAUCAGUUGGAUUAAUAGCGACCAUCGCCGGUAUAGUCAAUUUGUAGCCUUCCGGAUCAGCGAGAUACUUGACACUACCGAAAUGCACGAAUGGCAAUGGCUCCGAACCCAAUCCAAUGUAGCCGACGAAGGAACGAAGUGGAAGCGGGUUCCUGACUUGAGGAAUACUAGUCGAUGGUUUACUGGACCUGAUUUUUUGAAGAAACCAAUCAACGAAUGGCCGGUAGAGUUAGCGGCUCCAAAAGCGACCAAUGAGGAACUUCGUCCACAUCUACUCGUCCACGUUAUAGUGCCCGGUCCUGUUAUAGAUCCAGAAAACUUUUCCCAGUGGACACCUCUAGUGCGACGGGUAGCAUUAGUUUUCCGCUUCAUUAGCAACGUAAGAAUUUCUGAUGCUGAGCAGCGAAGCAAAGGAUCACUUACGACUUGCGAACUAGUACGAGCAGAAAGAUAUUUGUACCGUUUUGCACAAUGCUGUGCAUACGCGGAUGAAAUAGCAGUAUUGACAAAUAAGCGCGUAUCAAACGGUAAUGAGAUGUCGGUACCAAAGAGUAGCCCAAUAUAUCAGCUUUGUCCCUUCCUCGAUGAACAUGAUGUCCUCCGUAUGCGAGGCCGAACCGCCGCCUGUCCGUUCGUCGAUCAACAUGCUGUCAACCCAAUCAUUCUUCCAAGGAAUCAUCAAGUCACCCGACUGGUAGUGGGUCAUUAUCAUCGAAUGUAUCACCACCAAAAUCAUAACACUGUCCUCAACGAGCUUCGACAGCGGUACGUCAUAUCACGUUUAAAGGCCACCUUCAACAAGAUCCGUCGUGAUUGCCAGCAGUGCAAGAAUGAUCGCAUACGCCCUCUGGCACCCAUUAUGGGUAAUUUGCCUGUGGCUCGUCUGGCCGCCUACAGCCCUCCAUUUAGCCAUAUGGGUGUCGAUUAUUUUGGGCCUUUAUCAGUCAGUGUUGGGCGCAGGUCUGAAAAGCGGUGGGUCCUCCUAGCAACUUGCCUUACCACGCGGGCUAUCCAUCUUCAAGUUGUGCACUCCAUGACCACCAAUUCCUGUAUUAUGGCUAUAAGAAACGUUAUGGCCAGAAGAGGUACACCUGCUGUUAUUUACAGUGACAGAGGUACGAACUUUCAGGGAGCAUGCUCAGAAUUGGAGACCGCAAUGAAGAACUUAGAUAAUGAGAGACUGGCAAAGGAAUUCACCACUUCGAAUACUACCUGGACGUUCAUCCCUCCCGCAUCUCCACACAUGGGUGGAGCGUGGGAACGCUUGGUCAGAACGGUUAAGCAGAACUUAGACCGGAUCAAACCUAGCGAAAGUAUGCCACACGAAGUCCUGGAAAACAUGCUUAAUGAGGUUGAGAAUAUUAUUAAUUCUCGACCGUUGACGUCGAUCCCUAUCGAUAAUGAUCAAUCUCCAGUCUUGACGCCCAACCAUUUUCUUUUGGGGUCAAGCAAUGGGAUGAGGUCAUGGGUUCCGCUUGAUGAUAGUCCUAGAACAUUGAAGAGCAGUUGGCAUUUCUCCCAAAUCUUGGCCAAUCGUUUUUGGAAGCUUUGGCUACAGGAUUACCUGCCAUCAAUCACCCGCCGAACCAAAUGGUUUACAGAAACCAAGCCAAUCAAGGUCAACGAUAUUGUUAUAAUAGUGGAUCCUAAGCUUGCCCGGAACUGCUGGCCUAAGGGAAGGGUAAUAGGUAUCAAGAAGAGUACAGAUGGACAAGUACGGAGCGCUACAGUGCAAACUUCCAGUGGCAUAUACGAACGACCAACAGUUAAGCUCGCCGUGCUUGACGUAGGCGUCGAAGAAAAUGCGCAUCCAGACGACCAGGAGCGCAUUCUGGGGGGCGCUGUUGAUUCCGCUACGUCGACACUCCGUCGAGCCCCCGAUGCCCCAGUUUCGACCACACCCGACGGCCAUCAAAGGGAUUGUUUCGUGCACGAUAGACGUCAGACCCCGUAGGUAGAAACAAUAGGGACACAGAACAAGCAAGUGAAUGUGAUGACAUGAAGAUCACUCUAGAAGCUAAAAUUAAAAUAAUUUGGAUUAAGUGAAUUACUUAUGCUCUAAUGAAAUGAAUUCCAAGUGCUACUUAUUAUCUAACUGUUUAGAUACCAUGCAAGUAAUUUAAACAUCUAAAUGGUGAAACUCGUGAUCUAUAUGCUAGUUGUUUCUUAUUGCAGUUUUUGAAGUAGCUUACUGGAAUUGUACUACACAUGAAUUCGUAGAUAUAUAUAAAAUUACAGAUAAGGCAUAAAUUUAAGGAAGUGCAUUCAAAACUAGUAACUAGGAUACAUACACUUAAACACUAAAUUGAACUACGACACUUGUCACAGGGAAGAAUUUAUAAGUUGAAGAAUCAACGCAUCAACUAGAACGGUUGAGCGGUAACGAAUUACUACAAGAAUUUUGUAAUUUAUUCUUCGUAUCAUCUCACCAAUAAAUUCACAUAAUUGACUAUUCGUCUAUUACCGCCCAAC